UCUACCUUAAGAGCCCAGCGUAGCCAGCUCAGCCAGCUCGCAGAGCCGUCCUUAGAAAAACAAGUUUGCGCAAAGUGGAGGGGCCCGGCCUCCGGGCAGCCCCUCGCAGCGCCUCCCCAGCCUUCCAGCCCGGCGGGUGGUGCAGCCGCGGCCCAUGGAGCCCGCCGGCCCGGCCCCCGGCCGCCUCGGGCCACUGCUCUGCCUGCUGCUCGCCGCGUCCUGCGCCUUGUCAGCAGGGGCAGCAGAGGAGGAGCUGCAGGUGACUCAGCCUGACAAGUCCGUGUCAGUGGCAGCUGGAGACUCGGUGAUCCUGCGCUGCAGAGUAAACACCCUGCUGCCCGUGGGGCCCAUGAAGUGGUUCAGGGGGGCUGGGCCAGGCCGGAAGAUGAUCUAUGACUUCAAGGGAGGCCAGUACCCCCGAGUCACAAACCUCUCAGACACCACAAAGCGAAACAACAUGGACUUUUCCAUCCGCAUCAGUGACAUCACCACAGCAGACACAGGCACCUACUACUGUGUGAAGUUCCGGAGAGAGGGUACAGGAGACGUGGAGUUUAAGUCUGGACCGGGCACACAGGUGUCUGUGCAAGCCAAACCCUCCAACCCUGAGGUGUCGGGGCCCACAGCCAGGGCAGCCCCUGAGCAGACCGUGAGCUUCACCUGCAAGUCCCAUGGCUUCUCCCCCCGCAACAUCAGCCUGAGAUGGUUCAAGAACGGGAACGAGCUCUUGACCUUCAAGACCAGCGUGGAGCCUGCGGGAGAGAGCGUCUCCUACAACAUCUCCAGCACCGUCCAGGUGGUCUUGAACCCUAGGGACGUGCGUUCACAGGUCAUCUGUGAGGUGGCCCACGUCACGCUGCAGGGGGGCUCUCCUCUUCGUGGGACUGCCAACUUGUCUGACACCAUCCGAGUUCCCCCCAACAUUGAGGUCACACAGCAGCCCGUGGGGGCAGGGACCCAGGUGAAUGUCACCUGCCACGUGGACAAGUUCUACCCCAAGAGCAUGCGGCUGACCUGGCUGGAGAAUGGAAACGUGUCCCGGCCAGAGACAUCCUGGACGGAGGUGGAGAACAAGGACGGGACCUACAACCGCACGAGCUGGCUCCUGGUGAACAACUCCGUCCACAGGGAGGACAUGGUGAUUUCCUGCCAGGUGGAGCAUGACGGGCAGCCAGCAGUCACCAGAAACCACAAACUGCAGGUCUCGGCCCAGCCCAAGGAGCCCGACUCAAACACCAACACCAGCAAGGACCAACCUGACAGUUGGAGCAUCUUCAUUGUGGUGGGUGUCGUGUGUGCCUUGCUGGUGGUCCUGCUGAUGGCGGCCCUCUACCUCCUCAGAAUCAAACAGAAAAAAGCCAAGGGCUCCACUUCUUCUACAAGGUUGCAUGAGCCUGAGAAGAACGCCAGAGAAAUAACCCAGAUCCAGGACACCAACGACAUCAAUGACAUCACCUACGCAGACCUCAACCUGCCCAAGGGGAAGAAGACAGCUCCGAGGGCUGCCGAGCCCAACAACCACACAGAAUAUGCCAGCAUUCAGACCGGCCCUCCGGUCACCUCGGAGGACACCCUCACUUAUGCUGACCUGGACAUGGUGCACCUCAACCGCACCCCAAAGCCGCCCGCCCCCAAGCCGGAGCAGUCCUUCUCUGAGUACGCCAGCGUCCAGGUGCAGAGGAAGUGAAUGGGACUUCCGGCUGCUCUUGGGCCUGUCCCCAAGAGCUUUCCUGUCCUGCAUGGAGCAGCCAUGAUGUGGACAGCCAGCCCAGGUUCCCGGAAGGCCGGGCGGUGGGGCUCUUCUGUCCCCAGCCCUUGUCUCUGCAGGGCAGCCAUGGCCCUCAUUCUUGCCACAUACUGGAAACUGGAGUUGCUGAAUUAGUCAAUGAGAUGGACCAAAGCUGGAGUUCUCCGUGCCUCUGUCCUCCAGAGCGUGAGUCUGAGUCAUGGUUGUGGGGGCCCUGGACAGACCUGCAUCUUACAAAACCUGAUCUUCCAGGGGGCGGAAAUUAACAGCCAGCUUCCCACCACCCUCCCCAGUGAGUGGCUCAGGGGAGAUCUUUCCUUUUAGCUCUCUUGGCCCCACCCACAGAGAAGCUGAAACAAAACUGAUACUUGGAGGGGGUUGCAACAGGCUUGCCCUCCCCCAGCGGAUGAGCCACACGCCCUGGGGAAGAAGGGAUCCCUCGAGGAACACCCCAGCUCCUCUCCCCCACCAAAGGACCUCAAGACAAAAUCCCCUCUUGGGGGGCUCCUCCGCACUUCCCCAGGGACCCGCGGCCCCACCCUGCCUUUCUCAACCUGAGCUUGCUCGCUGCAGCUAGCACUAACUCAGCACCAACUCGCUGGGGACGCCUGUAAAUUACUGAGAAAUGUGAAACGUGCAAUUUUGAACCUGAGCUGUUAGAAAACUUGAUCUGUGCUGUUGCGUUUGGGUUUGGUUUUGUUUUUUUGUUUUUGUUUAUUUCUUUCUUGAAGCUGGAGCAGCAUUUUCCUUGCUCUUUGUCCUGUGUUAAUGUUCAUGGUCAGAUCUUGUGCAGUCCGAGGUGUCGCCGUUUGUCAUCCUAGAGGGAUUUUUUUCUGACGGCAAAAUCAGCAAAAUCACAGCCUUCCAGAGCCCUGAGUAGCAGGAGGGAGUGCUUGUUUGGCCACUCUGUGGACUUGACCAUGACCCCACCAAGCUGUGUGCUGCUGCUUUCCACAGCCCCAUUGUGCUUAGUCCAACCAGUCCAGGGGGUCUCCAGGCCACCUCUCUGUCUUGGCCAGAGCUGUUGCCUCCGUCUGCUCAUUUGUAAAGAGGGGAGGGGGCAGUGAUGCCCUCCUAGCCAUCCCUCACCUGCAGUGUUGGCCUACAGACUGCAGCACCCUCCCCUUCCAGCUCUGCAAAUGGAUUGCUAAAGGAAGAGCCUCCCAUUUGGGCUCUCACACCCUGUCGGGAUCACACUGCACCAGGUCCCGGGUACCACCAGGGCUGUGCUGCUGAGAGCUAGGGCCAGUCUACUUUCCGUCCCUGUCUCAGGAGGUUGGGCAGAAGCUGCCACCUUCUUACCUUCUGGCCCUGUGUGUUGGGUGUGAGGCCUGGCUGGGCCUUAGGGCACGCAGUACUAGAGGCCCCUGUUUAUUCUGUCUUGGGCACCAAGAUUCACAGCCCCCCCAUAGCACAAUGCCCAAGAAUUCCGUUCAGGCUGUCAGAGCAAGAAGCCAGCUUCUGCUCAUGGCUACUCCAGCUCACAGGGGAGGCCUGGCAGGUCUCACCAUGGCACCGCCGCAACAAGUUAACCCAGCCAGCCAGUCGGAUGGGCAGCUUCCACUCACGCACGGAGGCCAGAGCUCAGUGGGAGCAAGUAGCCACAGGGACCCAGCCACCUGCUCAGGCCAUGCCCAACAUCAUCUCCCUCCCUGCGGCUUUCUAGACAGCACAUGCCUGUGCAUGCGCACACGUGGGCGUAUGAUGUACACACAAAGGAUUUUCCAGGAAGGUUUUCUUGGUGCCAUUUUCAUUUUGUUUUAUUUUUCACUUUUAGAGGGGGGCGGGAUGAAGGGAAGAAGACCAAGCAAGACAGAAAGCUUUCGCCUCCGCCCGACAGCCUGGGAGAGUCCCUGCACCUUGUGUAUGGAAGCCCAGGAAGAGGAAGAGGUUGAAGGAACACUGCGGAAGGAGCGUGGUUUGGGGAGUUUAUUUUAAGACCGCUGGAAGGAAACAGGCCCCGUUUUGUAUAUAGUUGCAACUUAAACUUUUUGGCUUGCAAAAUAUUUUUGUAAUAAAGAUUUCUGGGUAACAGGGA